GAAGGGUAUGCUUGUCCACGUGAUAUUGCGCGUUUCUUCGCGAGUCGCGUGACUUGCACGGUACAUCUUGCGUUAAAACAAAAGCCGAACGGAUGAGCGAGUGAGUAAGUGAGCGGAUGAAGAAACGAGCGAGUGAAUGAAUGCUACGCUAGGCAAACACUCGCGCGUCUCGUUGCAGCAGCGUCGGAAUGUAGCCGUCGGAAUGAGAUUCCCGAUGAUGCUGAUUAGACAACGGACGAAGGGACGGGCGAGUGAAAAGACCAGAGGAGAGAAAUGGCGAAAUAUAUAAAUAUGUACGAGAGGCAGAAGUAUUUAUGUACGCGCAUUAGCGCGUCAGUGAGAGAGGGAUGAGACAGGAAGAGCGGGAGGGGAAAGCGGAGCGAAUGAGGUAGAAGAAGAACGUGAGGAAACGUCGUCGGUGCGCGUUUCGAGACGCGUUCGAGACUCGUGUGAACGCACGUGGGCACCGAGCACCGGAAGAGCGACGGGAGCAUGUGCGUCUUCGCUCCGCGAAAACGGGGGCAAACCGGAACACUCGUGCAACAUAACAUACGAGCGGUGGAUCGAUCGCGCGUUGUAUCGCGCGACGCGCCGCAACCGACGGAGAAAGGAGCAGCGUUCGCCCCUUAAACGCGGACGAACUUACGACGUGUCGCGUCGCAUCUCGUAUCCCGCCGCAGUUUAUUCAUAUUGUAUUGUACGUGUCGCGUGGCAUGGCGUGGCGAUGCACGAGAGGACGCCCGCCAUCGGGUAGAACGCGGCAUUUACAACGCGUUUCUACCCUCUGGUUGGCUUCGGGCGCGUGACGUAAUCCAUUCAAGCGCUUACUACGCAAUACAAGACACGGCCGUUUCUCUCUGUCUCUUUCUCGCUCUCGCUCUCACUCUCCUCCCCCUUCUCCCGGCUGUCUGCCGCCCUCUUUCUCUCUCUUUUUCUCGUUUGCUCGCUUGCUUGCUCGCUCGCUCGCGCUCCAUCGCGCCCGCUCAAUGCCUGCCGACCUCUCAGCUCCCCACCAACCCCUUUUACCGCCGCGUCGCGUCGCGUCGCGGCGCGCCCUCCUUCCUCUGUUUUGAUCGUUCGCCGCCGGCGCAGGGUGCUCGCGCGAUUGGGCGAGAAGACCGAUCGACGGAAAAAGCGCGAGAGUGACGCGAGGCCCGAUUCACGUGGGACGCCGUUGGUUUUCGCCGCUCACCGAGGCCCAUCAUUCUCUCCGUAUAUAUGCGCGACGUCCCUCGACGGCCGUCUGUAAUUCAGAGUGUUUCACGAGUGUGUCCCGACGUGAAGUUAACGUGUCACGCAAACGCCUAGCGAGAAUCCGACACCUACGUUCGCCGCUAAAUGCGCCGUAAGGAGUCUAAAGGUUGGUGCUCUCACCGCGUAUCUACCGCCAACUGUGUGUGACUGUCUGACUGACUUUACUCCACUUUGUUUACCUUACCUUACUCGCUGCACUUACAACUAUGUUGAUUUAUUGUAACGUGAGAAUUAUGUCAAUGUCAACGUAAGCCAAAGAAAGAGUGAGACAAUCGCGCGCAUUUACUAAUAAUUUUGCGGUGGGAUUAAAAACCGAAGCGUCUCGUGUGCGAGAUCCGCCCUCUCCUGUCUCCAUCUCUUUUCCUCUCCCCUCUUCCUCCCUUUGCUCCAUAUUGCGCUUUCUUUCUCCCCGUUACAGCCAAUUCCUUAAACCACCAUCCAAAGAUGGUGUAGGAGUGUGUACGACGAUAGGAUGAUCGAAGGUGCCUGGCUCCCAUGAGAUGUGCGACGCAAUUAAGUUUGUGUACGCGGAUGACGCGUCGCGUCCCGACGCCCUUCAUGCGGGAAACGUGGGGAUGUGCUCGCAGCGUGUUUACAAACACGACUUUUGACCGAUAAGAUCGAUUCGUAAAGAGAUCGCAGUCUCAAUGUGAAUUAGGUGUCGGCAAAAUGGAUUUUUAUUAGACGAGUCUUUAUUAGAGCGUCUUUUCCCAAUAAACGACACACGCUAUCGAUACGCAUCGCGACAAUUCCUAAUAAGGAGAGUACGUAACGAUCAUCACUGACUCAUGACUAGCGUUCGAUAGGCGUUGUUUCUUAUCGAGUCCUAAGUGAGUGAGAGUUGUUGAGUGUGACACGUGUGAAGCCGCGUUAUUGCGCAGCAUUCCGUAGUUUUCUGCUACAAAUAGCCGCGGGCAUCUAGGCGUGACGUGUCCCCUUCCCCAAAAAUUCGUCUAGUAAACAUUUAAGGCAUAUCCGAUGCCCACCUCGCGUCUUAUCACACACUUAUCCGAUCGCGGCGUUAUAGUUGCUAUUAAAUGUAACGUCAUUGCGCAGGAAAAGUAAUUGACGUCGUUAUACACUUUAUAGUAUAAGCACACUGUAUAAUAUAAAUGAGAGAUACGUAUCAUAAAUAAUAUCGUAAAAGAGAAGUAGAGUAAUGGUAAGUGGAAUAUUACGCGUUCUACGAAGGAUCAAUCGACGGGAAGGCAUGGUGCGAUGCUUUUGCGCGGUAUCGCGUAAGAUUGCCGUACCUCUACCCCACAUAGCCUCGCGUUGACUUAACGACGCACUUGGUCAUAAAUCUGUAUAUGAGCGGCAGGGGAAUAUGUGUAAGUCGGAAAAAUUAUUUUCACAAAAGAAACAAAGCGAGUGCAAAGAUAAAUUGCGAUUAGAGAUGGAGAUCUGUAUAAUUGUUCGAAUUUGUAAAAUAACGCUUCGGGUUAAUCGCCAAUUCACUUUAUUGUCAUCUUCAUUGUCAUCUUUCGUUAAUCUGUUAUUCAAAAGACUUCGGGAUCUUUCCAGCAUGAUUGAUCGCGAGCGACAACACCUUAUCUCCAAACUAGAUAAGUGGUCGUGAAAUAACAGCGAUCGUAAACAUUCAAUCAUUACAAUAGAGAUGAAAGAAAGAAAAGCAUGAGAGAAGGAAAAGUGGAAGAGAAUCCGAUUAAGAGCAAACUGGAUUCAUUGCAUUAUGUUUUUAAAUAAUUGUGCUUGGAAGUUUCUCAGUUGGAUUUACUUCCCUCUGCUUCCCAGAUACAGUAAAAUGGCCUGCCACCUGCGGCUGGCCAUAUUAUGAAUAGACAAUAGCGAGCUUAAACUUGCCGUGGCUUUAAACUAUGAUGUGAAUGAAGUGCCUUCACCUCCACUCAAUAAUGAUAAAUAUUAAAAAGUUUUUUUCCCACAAUGACGACUCUAAACCUGAAUUCUUUAUUUAAUCUGUACAUAAAUUUGACUGUGCUAAAACAAAAGCAGGCGUAUUUUUCUCACGCGUGUUAAUGUCAUUGGCAAUUUCUAGUGUCUAUUGUAAAAUGUGCAUGAUGCAAAUCAUAGUUCUAGGUAUUAUCUGGAUAGAGAUAUUCGAAACUUCAAACGUUAGAUGAGAAAUCUGAGUAAUGUAAAUAGAAUCGCGACCACGAAUCUUCCAUCGACUGUACAUCGCGAUUUUUAUUUCAUACUUUAACAUCAUCUUGGUAACGGACGGUUUACAACCGUACUAUAAUUUAACAGUUCCUGACUUCUGUGUGCUUAUAUGAAGAUCGCGUUUUAUUGCUCAUAUAUCACCAGAAUCAGAGAGUCGCAUUUAACGACGACAUUUUUCGGUAUUGAAUGACAAUCCUAUGAUUAAUCCCUUUUUUUAAAAUAAAAUUUCUGCUUUUUCUCUCUAUAUUUACCAUGACGAUGUAAAGCAAAACUUUGAAACAUGUGCUGAAGUGGCACAUUUUUAAAUGCUUUUAGCGGCAUGCUGCUUGCAACAGUAUUGAUUGGGACGGGACGCAGAACGUCCCGUUCAAAAAUCAGAAUUGUCCUGAAAGUAUUCGGGAUGCAUUGUCACUGCGUAUUUAGCGUUAAAUUCGCGAUGAAAAAACGCGGAUAUUCGCCGUCGAUCGUCAGCCCGCGUUUUUCUCGCCUCUUUUCACUCGUAUUGCGCUUUAAUAAUCGCAAGAUUUGUAAAACUGCAUAUAAUGUAUAACAUAAUGGCUUGUGUACCUUUUAACGCAUAACUUUACAUAUUUCACAUUAUUAUACGAUUUUGCGCUUUCCUUGAUAACAAGUCGAUUAUGUGUAGCAUUACGAAUGGGUUAAGGAUCGAAUAGGUUAAAGAUCGAAAGAAAUCAGUUAGCAUAAUGCUAAUAUCUAUAUUAUUAUUUGGUAUUACAAGUGCUGCAAAUAAUGAAUAUAAAACGCGUCUAUCUAGCUUCUUUAGUUGUUGUUUGAGAAAAAAAAUCAAAAUUUUUCUUUACAUUAUUUAGAACUUCUUUCGAAGUUAUAAAUAAAUUAUGCUACUUAUUUUACAGAUGCAACACGAAAUUUUGAGAAAAAAAUCUUUACUAAUGUGAUUCGAGUGAAAUUUUCGAGAUUGCACUUACGCAACCAUCAAAAUAAAUAACUCAUGUAAUUUAGAAUGAUAAGUAGCUGUAUAUAUUCUUCGCGCAGCGUGAUCUGAUAAGUAUAGAGUAAAUUAACGACCUCAGUAAGCCAUUAUCUCGACAGUGGCAUGCGCGAUAAAAACAUUGUAUAUAGUAUGCAGAGUGAUUUACAACUCGGGAAGAUACAAGACGGACAAUGCACGUUUUGCACUGAAUGAAACUGUCCGCUUCUAAUCCCUGCGUUAUGCAACGCGGAAUUAUGUGGCGUUCGCAUUCGUAAGCCCACAAAUAUGAUUCCGCAGCUUAAGUCGUGCGAAACAAGAGAUAUAUAUUCUAUUAGUAACUCUUGAGAUUCGACAAGCUCUGGGUGGAUUCAAUACACGCUCCUUAAUUACACAUUGCAUGACGCGCUCGAAUCGAUCGCAUCAAAUCAAUAUAUACCUAUUAACAAGUUUCGAGGCUAAGUGCAUGCGUUUACCGUCAAAGGUACGGUCUCUGAAUAUACACGGCUUUAAGACCGAGGCAUUGAUAUUGUUAAACUCUGACAAUGCUGUUGUCAACUAACAACGCGAUGUUAAUAGCAUGCUUAUAAGUUGCUUCUAUUGCUAUUCACAUUCUUGCUUUCUUUCGUCGCUUCAACACCUAUUUAUUCAUAUGAAUAACUGUAACGAUGGACAGAUGCAUUAAGAGACUAGUUUUUUUUGUCGUUAUUCGAAAGUCAUUUUUGUUCUGAAGGUGCACUCAGCGUAUAAUAAUGUCAUUAAUAUGGGAUCGUGAAUAUAUAUUUCGAAAGUUCUACGAUUUUUCAGCACGCAUGUUUAUGUUUAAAUUUUUGUUUGGUGUCACAAAGGCAUUUUCGGUGACACUUCCAUUGAUCAGUCGACAUGUUUAGCUAUAAAAGUGUAUAACAUUUUUCAUUCCAAAUCAUACUAUUUAGAAAAACGAAAUCGUUUUAUAGCAAAGUGAUAUUAAUUGUUCUCGCAAUAUUAAAUCUUUUUUGUUUAAAAAAAUGCUCUAAAAACACUUGCAAAGCGUUCAAUACAUAAAAAAAAACUGUUUUAAAUUUUAAUUGAAGCGAAUAAAAAGAACUGUGUAACAAUGUUUAAGAAACAGUAUAAUAUUUGAAUGACCAGAGUUCAUUUAAAGAGAAGAAAUAUCAAACGAGCGAUACGCAAAAUACUUCUAUCGUUCAAAGGUUAGCAUUUCCAUUCCCGCCGCCCUUCGUGCACCGCCCACCCCGUCGUCUUCCGCCAUUUACGCACUCCUCGCGUUCGACUCCGCGCCCGUAAGUGUACAAAAAGAGACAAACGAGUGCGGAGAGCAAAGGCUGCGAAGAGGCAGACGCCGCUGCCGCUUCGCUCCAGUAAUAGUCGUCUUGGCGUGUUGCGACGACGACACACACCAAAAACACGGAAAUAUUUUUACGGCGUAGUGCGACGCGUCGGAACUUUUGUUCCUGCUACGCUUCUCUCAUCGUCAUCGCUCUCACUCUCUCAUUCUCUCUCUCUCUCUCUGUCACCCGUCCGUCAGUCUGCCCCUACCGCAGGUUUUGCGACCGCUCCUCGCCCCGCCAGAAUCGCGUCUUCCCCACCCAACGAUAUGCCCUCCCUUCAUUCCAUCAUAUCUCGCGUGCGAGUAGCAGCAUGAAUCGGCGGACGCACGGCCGUGUUUUCAAGCGAGUACGUGAGGGACUCGACCGCGUUCGUAUCUGUAAUCUACGAGAAAGAGUCAUUGUCUCUUCUGCUGCUGGAGCGUCGCGGCGCGUCGCGUUGCAACCGUUGGCGCCGCCGCCGUCGCCGCGCUCCCGUAUUGCACGUGCCUGCCGUUACCGCGCCGGUGCUCUUCCCGAACGACUAAUCGACGAAAGGCGCGUGCUCGUGGCGUCUGCUCGUAGUACCGAUUUUCCGGAGGCGUCCGCCGGUUCGCACCAGCGUUUUUCGGCGUCGCCGUCUGCUCCUCCCGCAAGGACGCCGCUGAAUGACGGCGACGGCAACGGCCUUCCUAUUGAUAAUAGUGAACGUUCGCGCGAAUCAAACCACGUGCGAUACGGCCCUGAAGGUGUGUUGCCCCGUGUUGUUUUCGUGUUUACCACGGAGAACCGCAUCGCGCCUACGAUAGCGUCGGGUGUUAUUAUAUACACAUGAAACGGAUCUCGUUCCUCUCGUUCGGCUUUCAAUGCGGGAAGACGAAUGAUUUCGGGACUAUCGGCAUGGCAAGUAAUGUGGGACACGGCGGUAGCGGUGCUCUAGUGAUUGUAUUAUCGACGUGCCACCGACGACAUCGGCUAGUUUCACUUUUAGCCAAAGGAACGACGCUGUAUCUACGGUCCACAUAAUUACAGAGCAACGGUACAAUUAUGAGGGCCAAAAAGUACUUCAUCUUCAACAAGAAGGUACUCUGAAGACAUUUUUGGCACCAGCUGGUGUUCCGCAUGCGGAGCGUUUCACGGUGCACAUCCCUAUUUAUACGCGAUCGAGGGGUCCCGCGCGAUUCGAAGAUUUCUGAUUCCCCGGAAGAUAUACCAUCCGUGAGCUCGAAACCCGGUCACCCGGAGAGCGAACGCCGUCUGCGGGGGUGGAGAAUCGAGAGGGUUACGCGCGAGCCUGGCCGAACGCGGGGACGGAUCGAUCGAUUGCGAGGGAGAAGGAGAACAAAAGCGCGGGAUAAUUCGGGAUAACUCGAAGAGUUUUUCUCGCGAGAGCGCUCGGCCGCCCCGCUUAAUCCGCAGUCCUUUUAAUCCCCGUCUCUGAGAAGUCCGAAAGAAGUUUAUAACAAUCGGACGCUCGAGGCUCCGUGUGGGAGGAGAGAGAAGGCAGAAGAAGGAGGGGACAAGGCUGCAAGGGUCGACUAUCAAUCGUCGAUCAAUCAAGGAAAACAAAAGUGGUAGUCGGGGCGACACGUGGGGGGAUAAAAGUCGGGAACGUUCAACGGGAGGCUUCAAGCGCGCGGUGUUCAAUGAGACAAGGAGAUGAGGACGAGGAAGUCAUUGCUGCUGAUCGUUCUGCUGUGCGUGGUAGGCCUGGCGCUCUGCCAGGAGAAAAGGGCCGUGAAGCACCGGGAUAAAAGCGCCAAGGGCAAGCAUGAGCCCGAUCACAUGGACGAGGACGAUGAGGGAGGACAUCACAGGAUGAGGGAGGAUUAUUCGGAUGAGUAUGGCGAUCGGAGCUCGGCGGUCACCAACUACCACAAAUUUUCCGAGAGCCCGGCCGCUCACAACCGAAACAACAGAGCGAUCGAUGAGAACAAAUCCGCGGACGACGGGUUCAAACCCAAUCAGCCUAGUAAAUUAUCGAAUCUGUCCCAGCCGGGAGGGAAAUUCCACGAGGGGGUGUCGGAUAAGGGACGAAAGCAAAAGAACGCAACUAACACGGACGGUAUCUGUCAGAGCAUAGACAUCAGGAACAACGUGAAUUCCUUCUCGGCACUGAAAGAUUGCCGCGUGAUCGAGGGUUUUCUGCAAAUCGUGCUGAUCGAGAACAACACCGAGGCGGAUUUCGAGAACGUUAGCUUCCCGGAACUGAGAGAGAUUACUGGCUACUUUUUAUUGUAUCGCGUGGACGGUCUGAAGAGCCUCGGCAGACUUUUCCCAAAUCUCGAGGUCAUCAGGGGCGAUAUACUUCUCACGGACUACGCCUUCAUGAUUUACGAGAUGAAGAACUUGCAGGAGAUUGGCCUCACCAGCCUGACGAGGAUCUCCCGCGGUGGAGUGCGCAUCGAGAAAAAUCCCGCACUCUGCUUCACGAAUACCUUGAAUUGGAGUCUCAUUGUGCCGGCCGGCGAGAACUUCAUCAAAGACAAUAGAAACGAGCAGAAUUGCCCACAUAUGAAAGGAUGCUCUCACUGCCCUGGUGGUUAUUGCUGGACUGCUCAGUGUUGCCAGAAACUAGAGAAAUCAGGAUGUCAUGAGCAAUGCCUCGGGGAAUGUGUCAAUGCGACCGAUAGCGAUUGCUAUGUGUGUAAGCAUUAUCGGCACGAGGGAAGAUGCAUCGAAAGCUGUCCGCCCGACUUAUAUGCAUAUCUCUCGAGACGAUGCAUCAGCAAGGACGACUGCCAGAAGAUGAACCGCAUCAGAAGAUUUUCUAAACCGGAGGACAUGCAAACAUGGCGACCUUUCAAUGGCUCCUGUCUUACUCAGUGUCCCGACGGUUUCGAGGAUGACAUCGACGAGAAAAAUAUGACAACCUGUCGGGUUUGUAAAGCCCAGUGUCGUAAAAUCAGCAACGGUGCUAUCAUACGCCACAUUUCGGACGCUCAGAGUUUUCGCGGUAUAACGGUAGUGAAGGGUGCUCUCGAGUUUCAAAUUAGAAACGGGAAUCCGAAUAUAAUGAACGAGUUGGCGGACGCGUUUGGUUUGAUCGAGGAGAUAACCGAGUAUCUGAAGAUCACGCACUCCUUUCCGAUCACGUCAUUGAGCUUCUUCAAGAAGCUCAAGGUGAUCAAGGGUGAGAAUCUGGACAUUAACAACGCGAGCUUGGUGGUUUUGGACAAUCCGAAUCUCAACUCCCUCUUCCCGCCCUCUCAAAAGAUAACGAUGGAGAACGGCAGACUGUUUUUUCAUUACAAUCCUAAGCUCUGUCUCUCCAAGAUAGAGGAGUUCGGUAAAAUGGUGAACAUCACUAACUUCACGUCCCUCGAGGUUCAACCGGAAUCGAACGGCGAUAAAGUGGCCUGCAACAUCGUCAACAUAAAUAUCACGGUAAAACAGCGGGACGCGGAUCACGUGGUUCUAAGUUGGGACAGCUACAAACCGCCCGAAGGCCAACAACUUCUUAAUUACUUGCUAAAUUACAUAGAGACCGAGAACGAGAAUAUAACGUACGAGGCAAACGCGUGCGGCAAUAACACGUGGCAGAUCGUGGACGUCGGCAUACCGAGCCUCAACUCGACUGUUUCGAAGUACAUCAAUAACCUGAAGCCGUACACCAAGUACGCCGCGUACGUGAAGACGUUCACGGCGAAGAACAAGGAUUCCGCCAUCGCUGGAUCUUCGAGGAGUCCGGUGGGUCAGUCGGAGAUUAUCUUCUUCCGGACGAAGAGUGCGGUACCGUCGAUGCCGACGAACGUAAGCUCAAUCGCGAUACGCGACAGCGAGAUUCUACUCAAGUGGGGCCCGCCGAUAUACUCGAACGGUCCCAUAGGUUAUUACAUGAUCUCCGGUACGGUUCGACUAGAUGACGAGGAGCUGAUCUCUUCUCGGGAUUACUGCAUCGACACGUUGACGAGCGACGCCGAAAAGGAGGAGAUGCACGAAAUGACGAUUAAGACGUCGCUGAUUCCGAAUCCGAGCUCUUGCUGCAAAGACGCAGGUGUGAAGACUGCCAAGCAGUUCGAAAUAUUCUGCCACGAGAACAUGACCAUCAGUUACUUGUCGCCCGGCUGGAAGGAUUAUUGCGUCUUCAAUCACUACAACACGCCGGAGAGUAAAUUUUACGAUCUAGCGAACAACUUGUCUUUCUCGCCGACACAAGACAAGCAGAAAAUGGCGACGGACGCUUCGACCGGCGUGAGCAACAGCAUCACGAUCAAUCAUCUGGAUACCGAGGUAUUUGUAUACAACGUCAGCGCUCGAAAUACUUCAUACACAUUGAAGAAAUUGCGUCACUAUUCACUGUACAUAAUCACGAUCGCCGCGUGCGGCGUGAAGAUGGACGGCGACGCGCCGAUGUGCUCGUCCAUUCAGUACGCGAACACUCGGACGAAGAAGCGACUGAGCGCGGACGACGUUCACAACGUGAAGGUCCACGUGACCAACGAUACGAUAGUCGAGGUGAUCUGGGAAUCGGUGAAAGAUCCCAACGCGUUCACCGUCUCCUACACCAUCGAGUACACAAAUCUGGACGUGAAGGACGCGAAGAAGAGCACGGAAUGCAUACCGUGCACCGGCCGCAAGGAGAAGUACAACAGUCAUUAUAUCAGAAACCUCACCCCAGGCCGGUACAGUCUGAGAAUGCGCUCCACGUCGCUGGCGGGUGACGGCGCCUUCACCAGCGUCACUUACUUCUCCGUUGGCUUGUCGGACAACAAUCAGAUAAUCCUGGCGAUAGUGCUGACCCUCGUCGUGGUGUUCAUCAGCGUGAUCACGGCGGUGUUUUUCAUCAGGAGUCACCAUAAGAAGAAGACGCAGGAACGAUUGAUCGCCAGCGUGAAUCCGGAUUACACCGAGACCAAGUACGUGGUCGACAGCUGGGAGGUGCCCAGGGAGAACGUCGAGAUUCUGGAGGAACUCGGUCUGGGCAACUUCGGCAUGGUGUACCGUGGAUAUCUGGACGGUACCGUGCAAGUGGCCAUCAAGACGAUCUCCGAGAACGCCAGUCAGCGGGAGAAGAACGAGUUUCUCAACGAGGCCUCGGUCAUGAAGAACUUCUCCACAUGCCAUAUUAUCAAGCUGCUGGGCGUCGUCUCGAUGGGCAAUCCGCCGUUCGUCAUCAUGGAGCUCAUGGAGAACGGCGACCUGAAGACGUAUCUGCGCAAGAUACGCGACACCCAGCUGGUGCCGAACGCGACGAGGAUAAUAAGAAUGGCGGCGGAGAUCGCCGAUGGCAUGGCAUACCUGGAGUCGAAGAAGUUUGUCCAUCGCGACCUGGCCGCGCGCAACUGCAUGGUGUCGAAAGAUCUGGUCUGUAAGAUCGGCGACUUCGGCAUGGCGCGGGACAUUUACGAGACCGAUUACUACAAGAUCGGCAAGAAGGGCUUGUUGCCGAUACGGUGGAUGGCGCCGGAGAAUCUCUCCGACGGCGUGUUCACGUCCGACUCGGACGUGUGGUCGUUCGGCGUCGUGCUGUACGAGAUACUCACCCUCGCCGAGAUCCCGUAUCAGGGCUUCUCGAACGAGGAGGUGCUGCACCACGUGCUGCGCAAGGGUGUGUUGAACGUACCGCGGAACUGUCCCGAGACCAUACAGAAAAUCAUGGAGAAGUGCUUCAAGUGGAAGCCGAGCGAGCGCCCGAUUUUCAUGGAGAUCGUCGCCGAGCUGGAGCCGUUCCUCGGCCAGGACUUUUGCGAGAAAUCCUUCUAUCACUCGGACGAGGGUAUCGAGAUACGCAGUCAGGGGAUCAAGAAGGUCUACCACAACGCCGCGCCGAUCCGAUUUCACUGGGGCCACGAGACUGCCAGAUGGGUGAAGGACUUCGAGGACAACGUAACGCUGCUCGAUCAAAUGAAGGCGGGCACCAGCCGGGGGCGGAUCUUCAAGAACGGCUUUCAGCACUUUGGUAAUGUAACGAAUUUCGAAGAUGUUCCACUCGAUCGAUGAGAUUAGUCGGUAAUAAUUAAGCGAAGGGGAAAAGAAACCUUGGCGGAAAGGUAACUGCUUGAAAAUCCCCUUUGGUCACAAAAUCCGCGGAAGGGCCUGUAGAUAUUAAUGUACAAAACAAUACUCAGGGCAAUACGCGAGUGGUCCGACCGGGCUGUGUGUCGGACGAAAGAUGCGAGAAAAGAUGUUACCAAAUCGCGCUCGUUCGUUGAUUGGACUCGUUCGUUCGUUCGUUCGUUCGUCGGUGCGGCGACACAAGUGUUUUCGUGCCCUUCUCUCGUCGCGGGCCAAACGGUAAUCAGAUCUUGACGGUGGAUAGCAAUGCAGGUGACCGCACUGUCGCGCGACAGUGCAUACAGGAAAGAUGGUGUGUUCGUAAUAGAUGCUAAGCCAUCGAACAAUUAGAUAAGUAAAAUGUAGGCGCAUAGUGUUUCUAUUUUAAUCGGAAGCCAACUCAGGCUUCUCAGACCCGUGUUUCUUUUUUCUCAAACACGCCCCAAGUUCCGAAUCCUUCUGCCAUGCAUCAACUGUUCAUUCCUUUCAGAGUUACUUCUUCUUUCUAUUCUUUUUUUUUGUUUGUUUUUUGUUUUUUUAUUACGGAUAUAUAAAAGUCCUGAAGCAGCUGUUCCCGAACGUUACUCGUGCUUUAACAAUAGUUGCGAAAUUCGUAGUUCCUUCCGCCUCUCCAAAUCCGUUUUCCAAUUCGGUACUAUAUUCGCAAUAUUUGAUUUCUUCAUAUCUUUCACUUUUCGCUCCGUCGCGACGUCUUACCGAUCCCGCCACGAAGCGUUCGAUGUGACAUAAAUAUAAAAAUUGCAUCGCGCUAACGUUCGGCCGACGUGGAGACAAAACCUCCGAAACGCGCUCUCGAGGCCGCAACGUUAUGCUACGCGACGCGAACGACGCAAGUUUGCGCGAGAGAGACGCUCUAUUCCCAUCCUUAAUCGUUGCACAAGUUCGAGGAAUAUUGUUUCAGGACUGACUCGCGACGCGCGAGCCAGAGGAUGAUUUAUACAAACCAGAGUUCCUUGUCACGUAUCCGCAUGAAACGUUACAGCGUAAUCUCAAGGUUGUAAAUAGUUACUCGUAACACAGUUCAUACACAGUAAGUUAAUAGAACUGGAUGCAAUAUACGCGCAUAGUCCUGUAAUACGUAAUAAUUUAUAGAGCGAGAGAGAUAAAGAAUGACGUGAAGAUAAAGUGUACGUGUGUGAGUGUAUGUGUGUGUGUGUGUGUGUGAGUGGAGAGAGAGAGAGGGAGGGAGAGAAAGAGAGAGUGUUUUAAAAGACAACUUUUGCCCUCGCAUGUAAAUAAAGUCACAAGUCUCUUCCUCAAACGCGGGUACCUCGUAAGUAAUUAUUGCAAUAAGAGCGUGUCUACAAUCCACGAUCCACAAUCUCUAUAAUAAAGUUAGUGUGACGGUUAGAAAGAAGAGGAAAGGAGGAGGAGAAAAGAGGCGAGAAGAUUAGCGGUUUCAAAUUUUUAGGGGCCUAAAAUCCGGUUAGAUUGCAUUUAAGUUUCUUUCGCACGGCACAGAAUCGCAAACGUUUCAGCCUCAGAUUUCGCAGAUACGGAAUUGGGUGAUAUAAACAAUCAGUAGGUAGUAAAACGACAAACUAGAUAAUAGACGAAAUGCAAUACACUGAAAUUUCUGCGGCGGAUCUUGCCGGCCAUCGAAAUGUUCCACCUUGUACCUCGGUUUCCGUGUUCGUGCGAUAUUGCAGUUUCUUCGUCUGUCCUGUUCUCGAAAGCACGAAUAUAAUUGAUAUUAUGGGGAAGUUACAUUUGCCGGAACAUCGUCCCGAUAUGCUAAUUUGGAAUUGCGGUUUUCGGAGACAUUGCAGGUUCGUAGAAUAGAAUAUUAUUAAUAUAAUAAGCGCAUUUUGAAACGCGAACGACUUUGCUCUCGGAUUUUCCUUAAAAAGUUUGAAGUUUAUUUUGAAAUAUACAUAUUCUCAUGUACUUUUUUUUUUUUUUUUUUUUCUUGUAAGUAAAGUUUAAAUCGUUGGAAAAUUUAUAUUACAAUUUACGAUGUGUGUAAAUUUUUUUCGUUUAUUAACAUCCUCGAAGGGCGCUCAAGAUCCGUUUCAGUUCGACAGAAUCUUUCCAAAACCUCCUCGUAGGUUUCAGAGAACGGUUACGUUACGCGUAGAAAAUAGAGAAUAGAGAGAUGCUUAUGACGAAAGAAAGUAUAAGACCGAAUUUUUUUAUGAUAUAUCGUAUCCGCGCGUUGCCAGAUGAUUGUACAGUAUCAACGUUAUCGUCUCGUUGUCCCAGCGGAAGGGAGCGGCCAAAUCUUUCGGUGUUUAAUAAAUAAGGGAAAGUUGCGUGCUGUAAUGGAGAGAAAGAGCGCGCGAGAACGUUUGCAUAUGCAGUUUAGAAAAUUCCUGAUGUCGCUGCGCAUCUAUCGAUCGGCCUGCGUCUCGAGAAGUAGGAGCAACCUGCUAUCGAAUAGCAGAGGAAACCGAGAGGAAUAUUCGCGCCGGUUGGGAGCAUCGGUUGACAACAAAAAAAAAAAAAAGAAAGAAAAAGAAAAAGAGAUAAUGUAAAAUAUACGGCAGAUUGAUUCAUAAAGUAUUUUGUCAUAGCGAAAAUUUUUGAAAGUUGAACAACAUUGCUCUCACACGCGAGACAUUCCGGAUCGAUCGAUAUCCGAGCGAUAAUUGCUAAGCGAUUCUCAGCGUGGAGGUGAAUUCGUGCAUUGCGGAAAUCUCGGGUCAGUCCCGAAGUUCUGAUACGCAAAUCAAGUGCCCGGAUUGAGUUUCGCGUAUAGGCUUUCUAACUGUUUCGCACCCCCUGCGUCCGAGUAAUAAUGGGUCGUAAACGGCAAGACUAAGUGUACAGUAAUUAGUAAUAACGGCCGGCUUAAUUGCGACGCGUACCGCGGCGAAACAAACCCGAGCCGCUCUCCCGAAGUAAUCCCCGAGCACUCUAAAUUUCAGAUUACGGCCCCUGAAUAUGCAGGCGCUACGUUUGCGCGGCGGGCGGUGCAUCAGCUGAAUCUCUUUGUCCGGCGUGACAAUCAGCGCGGUUUGCGGAAAGGAUUGGUAUGAAGCGCGCGUGUAAUGUGAAAUUUUACAUCGUACUCCCCUCUCGGUGGCUUUGUUUAUCCUCUUUCGGCGUAUUAAAAGCAUACAAGCGUCUCCGCGAUGAUAGCCAGAUUAGAUAGCCGUGUGAAAUUUACGUGCCCUUUCGAAAAAAGGAAAAAAAAAAUUCGAGACACGUUCGCGAUGAUAUAUGGCAGCUGUAAGCGUGUAAAUAGGAGCAGACUUUUCUUAUAACUCAUAGUAAUGUAUAGCUUUUUCUAAGAAAAUAAAAUUUAUUUAUAUAAAAAUGUAUAACAUAAAAUCUCGCGUGCUCGAGUGUGAUUUUGCUCUUCAAAAUUUGGGGCUCGCUUCGAGCGACGAAGACUAUUUGUACGCUCGCUCCUAUAUCUAUAUCGAAUAUGUGUAAAUGCUGCACACACGAUGUGUGCAAAUAUUGUCCGUGUUAUAUUCACCGUUGCAAUUCGAGUAAUGUAUCCUCAUACACGCGUCGGGAGAGAAAGCUGCGCUGGUCGACCGUGCGCGAGCAUUUCACUUAUAGCAAUACAAUUUAGCAUUUUCGCGUACGAUAAUAUUUUGCCGCAAACGAGUAGCGCGUACCGAUAAUGAACUUGAUAAGGUUUAUAGGCAAUUGUGCAGUAACGUACGCCGAAAAACAGGUCUCAAUGCUCUCACCUCCGCCCGAGCGAGCGGAGUUCUCGAACAGCAGUACGACGCGUUUCUCGCAUUUAAACGUAAUUAAGAAUCAUUAUGCCGCAUUUUCGACGUAAGAGAAUUAUUUAUACUGUAUACGUAAUACCGAGCUGUCUUAAAUACUUAAGUAACGUUAAUUUCAACAACGUAUCCGUUUAUCGUAACGUUAUAAUCCUGCCGCAGCGUCGCUAUAAAAGUAAUAUAUACGUGCGUAAGUAUUUAUUCCUAUUAGAGAUUAUAUAUAUAUAUAUAUAUAUAUACAUAUAUAUAUUUGAUAAUAUUGUACGCGCAUAGGCUUAUAAUCGCUUUUCCUUCGAGACGGCAAGGAAAGACGCGUCGUACUGCGUCGGACGGCGUCGAGUGUACUGCUUUCCCCGCGAAGCUCUCACCACAAAGGUGCACCGUAAUUAUCAGGGUCUUAGAAGUAGAAUAAUAUCGCUGCAUCGUGUUCCUGCCUUCUUUCCGUUGAAAAAAAAAAAAAAAAAAAGAGCACUUCCUCGACACAUCACAGGCUGCAGUAAGAAAUGUUGUUACGCGCAAUCGUACAAAGUUUCUUUCGCGACUCGUCGAGAGAGUUCAGCGCUUGUUAUUCGUUACGACGGAUUUUGUUUAUUCAAGCACUCGCUGCUCUUUGAAAGUUUUCUGUUCCGAAUCGCAAGAGUAUCGAUCCCCGGGGGUAGACAAGCAUUUCGCUUCAAGUCCAAGUUCCUCUCGCGCGAGCGUAUCCUUUUCUGAUAAAAAAUAAAAUGCAUCUCCUCAGCAGUUACAUCGGUAAAGAUAAGAGCGUUAGGAGAAACCAAUGUGCGCUUUAGUCGGUGUCUGAGAACUACUGGAUUAUUUAUAUACGUAAGCUGCUCGUGAAGCGCGCACAGAGAUAUUUAUUGAGGCUUUUCACGCUUCGCGUCACAAAGUUGUUUCGUUUUACGUUUUAAUCGUCAGUCGAUCGAUCACGCUUAAGAGAGUCACGAAGGCCGCGGUCGGCCUGGCGACGCGUUGAAUGAAAAAGGAAAGAUCGAACGGGACGUCGGAGUAAGAAGAUGUCGAUUGUAUGAAUCAUCGUGCCGCCGUUGAAGGCGACGAUUCAAGGAUUCGCGUCGAGUCAGCACCUCUCGUUGUAUUUCUCGCUUCCUACAAUUACCACGUUUGUUCCUCGCAGCAUAGGUAGAUCGCGUGCGCGCGCGCGUGCAACCUAGUCACUCUCGUAGAACGCGAUUAAUCACAUUGUGUAUGUGUCAUUCCAAUUUUCACGAUCACCGCUGAACUCAAACGAUUCCGUGAAUCGAGCAGCGAGCACCCGGCAAUCAUCUGAAUCACGACGAGCGUAUUCGUAUUGUCAUGUCGGUGAAGCGAGUAAAAAACGAGGGAAACGAUAAGCGCUGCGGAUAUAAAUUACAAUACUUUCACCGCUGCUUGUAAAUUUUUUUCAAACAUUUAACAUGUUGACUGUCGAGAAAAAGAGAGAGAAAAUAAUCUCCUAGUAAUUUUAUGCAAGUACAGUUAAGAUGUGAAAAAAUAUACUAAUGCCAUUGCCGAGUGCCGAUCAUUACCGCAUAAAUUGUGAUCAUUUGCUUCUUUUUCUUUUACCGACUGACGUGGCAAUGAUUCUGCGAUGAUCGAUGUGCGUCGCACCGAUCAUACGACAGUCAACCUGUUAAAAAUUAUUAAUAAACAGCAGAGUGCCCAUAAUUUCACAAGGCGCUUCCUAAUCGCGGCCGUCGAGCAGUUUUAACGGAAUGGAUAUAAAUUUCAGACGCUCGAUACAGUUUCCGUUAAUUAUUUGUCUGCAAAUCAUCAUUUCUAUCCUCCUUAUGCUCGAAGCAUUCGUUCAGACGCAUAUUUUUCCCGCUUCACGUCCUGUUUCACGAUGAUGACGAAUAAAAUGAUCCCACGCUAUUCGACCGACUAGUCGAGGUUUAGUAAUAAAGCAAGAUAUUUAUUCGAGCGGACACGUUCUAAUUGGUGAAACCAAAUAUCGAGAGCACAAUCCAAGCGAUCGCGAAGCCGCGACUGUAUCGCCGCUUCUCUCAUCUUUGCGCGAAGGUGUGUAGCGUAGGUAAAUAUACUCGGAUGUUUCGGUUGUAAUUUGCGGGAUCGCGCUGUGCAAUUGUGCGAAUCAUCGCGUUUAUCAUAGCGUAGUGGAAUACGUUACAUUCGACGAUACGUUUAACUUCUCCUUAUUAAAUAUAUCUCCCGGAAGUUGCGAGAAGCAGCGAUACCGUUGCGGUCUAUAUAUUUUCUAUAUUAUAUAAAAAGGAAUGAAUCUAGAGGUAUCUCUCUGAGCUCCUUACCACCGUAUCAAUGCACUGUGUACAUAUAGCGAUAAGAACGUUAGACUAAAUAACCGAUUAGACGUAAGUAACGCUAGUAUAUAGUUUUAGACCAUUGUAGUAUAAUGCCUUACGAGGCGGGAAAUCGAUUUUCGCGGGUUUCCUCGAAAUUUACGCGGAUGUCGAGCAUAUAAUUAUCGUAUGCGCGACGAGACGGCAAGUGCGAAAGGAACGAAAAGAGAGCGAGAAAAAGGGCAUUUUUUUCGCUUAUUUUCAUCGAUUGUUUCCUUUCCGGCAAUGGUGCCGUAAUUCGAACUGGCGCAAACAGUUGACCUCCUCGGUCAGUUUGCUUGCAAUCUGGUAGUAUUUCAGGGAGCCUGGAUUAGAAAAUUAACCGAUAAUUAAUUUAUUAUCAUAUUAAUUGACUAGAGUCUCGAGAGUGGUCCAAUCACGACUAACACUAUUAAUAAUAUAUUAACGAUGCACACACACAUCGUAUUAACGUAUACUACAUUUAUAUACGUAAGCUUGCGUAAGCAUUUAAUCUGUAUAAUUGCUGCGCGAUGUUAUCUUAACUUUAAGUAUACCAGGGAUCGUCCCCGGAUCGUAAGAUGUAAUUUAAUGAAGUAUUUAUUAAAAAUUUCACCGUAGCCCUUACCGCGGCGUAUGGCAUUGCGUCAUCUGUACAGCACUUCAAUUGAUUAUUAGUUAAUUAACCGCGUGUAAUUAAGUACGUACGAUUAAAAUGAUAGUUUAUAGUACGGCGCGCGCUAUUAAUUGGAGCGAAUCACGGAGCAAGAACGCCGUUGUUGAGCCUAUUUUUUUUUUUUUUUAUUUCAUACGUUUUGGGAAGUUGUACGAAAUAAUUCAGUGAACGCCAUGACGUAAACGUGACGCAGGUCACAGUUUGCAAGAACUAUAAGUGCAUUUAUAAAAACAAGGUUGAUUAAUUUAUUUUUCUAGCCCUUAAAUCGCAUUAUUCUUGACAAAAUCGAUUUCGUCCAACGACGUAUAUGCAGCAAAUUAUUUGUCAGUCUGUUCAGUUUGUCGGUAAAUAUGCAGUAUAGAAUUGCUCUCGUUGAUUUUUAUAACGUUUAUAUAUUUCUUUUUAUACGCGUAAAAAUUUGUGAAGAAAAUUCUAGCUCUUAUUCCGUUUUUCUUGUCUUUUGUAAUACUUUUGUAAUACUGCAUAUCCACCGAAUUCUUUCAGGCAUUCUGAUUUUGAAGGCAGUUGUAUUCGAUAUCAUAUAUCUUUAAUAGUGACAGAUUACAGUGACUGCAAAUAAGUAUUUUCAUUUCAUUCAAAUAAACAACAACAAUUGUGGUUUAUUUCUGUCACAUCGUGCGUUUAAUUUCGUAUCAUGUAUUUGACUUUGUCGCUCUUGAAAUUUUCAUAAAAUAUAAUUUCGGCGAACCUUAUAUCUAUGGCUUGUCAGGAUUCGAACCGUUGUAAUUCCGAUGAGUUUAUUUCCAUUACUUUGUAACGCGAGAUAAAAUAUACGUUUCGUUAUUGCUAAAUUGGCGAAAAGCGGAUAUGACAUUAAUUUAAAAAAUUGCAAUCUUCAACUUUUUUUUUAAUAUUCGGAUAUUAAAAACGUAUUGUUCUCGGAAAUAUAUAUUUCCGAACAAAUAAAAUUUAAUAUCUUUCCAAUUAUCAACUUUACAUACUCUUUUCAAAGAGUGGACUGCAUUUUACGGAAACAUUUAUAUUCAUCGUCCGUCAAAUUCAGAACGCAAACGGAAUUCGUCGGAAUUGAAUCGGUUGCGAUCGCUAUAGAGUAUGGAAAAAUUGCGAACUGAUUCUGGACAAUUAGUUCCGAUUAAUUACCGUUCUGAUUACGGUACUGACUGUACGACCAUACGUGCACCUAUUUACCAUGUACACGUGUAUGAAAACUCCAAUGGACUGAAUACUGAAGACUUUAGCUUUAAAUUAGCCGUCGCCACUAUCCUUUUCGACGGUUCUUUUUCUUUUCUUCCUCGCAUCGAUCAAAUUCGUCUGCUCACGAAACGCGCAAAGGAAUAAGUACAGGUUGUCCUGAUAUACGUAAAUAUUAUGCAGGAUGAGUCACAGUGAAUCAUUAUAACAUUUACUGCGGAUGAGAUACUAUUAAAUAAUCAUAUAAUUUUACAAGGCUUUUAAAUUAAUAUAAACUUUAUUAAAAACCAUAAUGAACAUAUUGUUAUUGCUUUGUUGUUGUCGUAAAUUAAUUGCGCAUCCUCAUUUGCAGUAAAAUUAUAAAAAAUUACUUAUAAAAAAAAAAUCAUGUGACUCAUCUUGCACCGAGAAUAGAAUGUUAUUUCUAUAUUAUACUUCUUAGCAAAGAUUUGAUAUAUUUCUCUUUGAUACAUUUGUAUAUCCUUCGAUUCUCUAAAUAAUGUAAACCCCAAAUUAUAUAUGUUUCUGUAAGAAGGAAUUAUUAAUUAAUGGAGGAAAUAUUCUGUUACCUAAUUAAGUUUUCUUUGUAGUCGUAUAAUGAUAAUGCUGGCGUUUAAAUUAAGGAAAAUUCAAAUAUAAAUUAUUAGGAAAAUAAGAUUAAUGUUUCUUAGGACAUCCUGUAGGAGACUCAUCGCUCAUGAUAUACACUAUGUAUCUCUUCAGAUCACAAUUUCUUUUCUGUUACUUCUCUUUCUAACAAAAUUACGCGAACUAACUCUUAAAGGAAUAUUCCACGAUGUAUACGUAUGACUUCGUUCAUAAAAUGUAUGUGAUGGCUUUAAACAAUUUUAUGAGAAAUCAAUCUUAGAUAGAAUUAAAUUUGUAAAUUUCGAGGACGAAAGAGAUGUAAUUGUAGAUUGCGUAUUUGAAUAAGAUUAUUUCGUUAAUCGGCUUGAUCGGCGAAUCGAGUUCUAAGCUGUAAAAGAUUAAUUUUAAUAUCAUUAUUCUUUAUGCUCAAAGCAUUGGAAUUAUUAAAAUAUAUUAAAAUUUAGGGCAUUAUAUAUCUUUCCUUUGCAUUAUAAUAUUUUUUAUGUUGUAAUACUUCUUUGGCGAAAACGGUAAUCUUGCCGCAAAAGUAUCCGCUCUUAUUCGGACAUUUUUUUUUUUAUAAUUGCGAAUUCACACGAAGUAUUCGAUCAAUAAGAAUUAUUUAAUUUUUUCCGCAAAAGCUCAAGGUAUGCCAAUUUGUAGUAGAUAGAAAAACAUCUUCGUAUAUUUUAAGGCUUGAAGGAAGAUGCAAACCGUUUCGGAUUUUAAAGCCGAACAAUGAUUCAUAAGCGAUUGUGAAUUGAUUUAUGAACCUGUCCGAUUUCUUGAUUAGCUUCACGAGCCUGAAGUUUACGAUAAUUUCUUGUCAAUACAACGUGUCGACAAAGAUUAACAACGAAUCUCCUCAACGAAAACGAAAACAACAGCUUAGAAGCAAAAAUUCUGUGCGGCGCACUAAGCUUUCGUCCUUGUAAUUUCUCGCAUUAAUUAUUUAUUAAGAUUUAUACACAAUUGUGUACCGAACACAUUGUGUAACACAUUUUUUCACCACACCCAUGCGAUUCGUACUGUUCGGGAUCUAAUUUUUUUUUCUUCAAACAAUUGAAUAUAUCAAUCAAUGUUUUGAAUCACAAUUUUUCACAUCGCGAAAACGCUAUUUAAUACGAUAAAUGUUGUUUAAAUAAAAGAUAAAUAUUUCCCAUUGAGAUACGUUAUCAAUGAGAUAAAGUCGAUUUCAUAACGCAUUAUCACCAAGUGGUGUAUUACAUAUACAUAACGGAAUAAUGACAUAGUUCUCUAAAACACACCAUCAUCGCAAGCAUCUCCCAAAAACGAAAUACAUUAUUGUCGAAAUAUAUCCCGAAUAAGUAAACGCGCUGCAUUUACGUGGCAGGCCUUCAUGGUUUUCCGGUAUAGGCACGUUAAUAGUGAAACGUCAAUUGUUCUUUCGUGAAAAAUAAUAGUAAAAAGAGAUGACAAAAUCGAUCCGAAUGGGAAUAAUAUUCCCGAAAUAAUAUUCAAGACAUUCGAUUUCCGAGGAAAGCCAGGAGCCAUGGCCUGCAUCAAAGGUUUCUUCCUAAUCAAAAAAAAAAGGAAAUCCUGCCAUACCGCGUCUUCCACGUGAGAGACUAUGAGCAUUAUCUUUAAAGUAGUUUUAACGUUUACGCAUCUAUAAUCCGUAAGUUAAAUUAUUCAUUAUCCUUUUUAAUGCGAGAGCGCGUGACGAUGUACUGAUAAUUGGAAUUGACAUUGAUAUGCACGGGGUGUUGCCGAGCGAAGCGUGUGUGUCGUUCGUCGAAAUUUCGUCUGUUCUCGCAGCAAGAUGAACAAUGCGCACGUGCAGCUUGUUACUAUACAUUCUAUAAUAUGUGUACGUUUAGUGACUAGGAUAAUUAUUCGGGAAAUCUAAGCGGAGAAAUUACGAGGACGAGAUGACGACGACAUUUACCAGCUUUGAUUUGGCGUAUUUGUCCUCCCCGCGUAUUCAUCUUUAUUGACACUCUUCUCGAAAACGGACAUAAUGUUUCUCACUCUUUUUCUGACGCGAUACACUUUUGGGAGAGCUCGUGUAGGAACGUUCUUGAUGCGAAACGCGUGCUCAACGGAGACUUGAAUCACAAUAAAAAAAAAAA